AUUCAAGUGCCAUAACCUCCAAUUUUGUCAACUGGUCCGCAUCGUAGCCCAUCUUUUCUUUGCUAUACCCAUACAUUACCCAUACAAAUCACAUUAAAUUACCUCAGGUAGUUACAUACUAAACCUCCUAGUUUUCUUCAUGACCCAAUUGACCGGCCAUGUUCUAUUCCCUUUAUUCUAUUCAAUUCUACGUGGUAAUAAUGAUGGACAUGAGAGAUGGGGGUUUCCCCCAUUAUCACCUCCUAGGUUCCACUGACCGUGGUGACGUGACGUACAAAUAUAAAAUAACUUCAUCUCGAUCGAGUUGUCCAAGACCUGGUGGUAGGUAAUACGACAAAGAAAAAAACAGUCAGCUGUAUUGCCAAGGCUAUAUUUGAUUCUUUUGGAGAGUCCAGCUGCAUACAUUUUACUACUACAUCGAAACCCUUGGUGACAAUUCCGAGAGAAAUAUAGAGAUAAUGUCGUCCAACUUUCACAAGCCGGCCCCCAACAUCCCUUACUGGACCCCGGCCCAAAUCCCUCCUGCCGGAACGGCCCUUGACCAGGCCUCAGCCCCGACGCUGUUUAAGCCCAUAAAGAUCCGGAGUGUCGAAUUACAGAAUCGAUUCGUCGUCUCCCCUAUGUGCCAGUACAGUGCAGACGACGGACAUGUCACCGACUGGCACUUUGGUCAUUUAUCUAAAUUUGCAAUUUACGGCACGCCCCUGACUAUCAUCGAAGCCACCAGUGUUACCCCCAACGGCCGCAUCACCCCUGAGGAUGUUGGCCUGUGGAAGGACAGCCAAAUCGCCGGCCUGAAGCGCAUUGCCGACUUUGCUCACUCCCAAGGCCAAAAGAUAGGUAUUCAGCUUGCCCAUGCCGGCCGAAAGGCUAGUACGGUCGCUCCUUGGCUUGUUCCAGAUGAUUGUCCAGGUGUUCUCGCCCGUCCUGAAGAGGGCGGUUGGGGAGACAACGUAUGGGCACCCAGCCCUAUCAAGUAUACCGACGGCUUCGCCGACCCUAAGCCCAUGACGAUCGAGGACAUUAAGACCCUCGUGCAAGCGUUCAAGGACGCAGCUAGGAGAUCGGUUGAGGUUGGCGUUGAUGUUAUUGAGAUUCACGGUGCUCAUGGCUAUCUCCUAACGGAGUUCCUCUCACCGCUCAGCAACAAGCGAAAUGACGACUACGGUGGUAGCUUUGAGAACCGCACUCGCUUGCUUUUCGAGAUCAUCGAGGCGAUCCGCAGCGUUAUCCCUAAGACUAUGCCCUUAUUCGUGCGUAUCUCGGCUACUGAGUGGAUGGAGUGGACUGGCGAACCGAGCUGGGAUCUCGAGCAAAGCAUUCGCCUCGCCAAGCUGCUCCCCGCCGCCGGCGUCGACCUUCUCGACGUCAGCUCCGGGGGAAACACCGAAAACGCAAAGAUCAAUGUUUACCCGUACUACCAGGUCGACCUCGCAGGCAAGAUUCGCGAGGCCAUCCGGAAGGACAAGUUGAAUUUGCUUAUUGGCGCUGUAGGAUUAAUCACGAACGCUGAGAUGGCGCGUUCAAUUGUUCAGGAGGGAAAAUUACUGUCGGAGGGCGCCACGGCUAAUGAUGGUGCCGAGGUUGCCGAUGACUCGGGCCAGAUCACGCAGGCGGACAUUGUACUUGUCGCUCGUCAGUACUUGCGCGAGCCCCAGUUCAAUCUUCGUGUCGCACACGAGUUAGGCGUUGAUGUGAAGUGGCCUAACCAGUACUUGAAGGCGAAGUGGCGGAAGGGCCAGAAGAUCUAGACGAGGAUGGACUGAACAUGAUAUACCAGGUACUUAUCAAUGCUUUUAAUGCUUAUGACCGGCAGCAAGGCGCAUAGUAUAGACGGGGUAUAACCUGACAUGACAUGAUAUGACACGACAUGAUAUGACACGUUAUGAGGACUCGGUUUCUCAAGACGCUCCCUCCCAGCUUGGAGUUUUGAUAGAUGAAAAUAGGGUUAAGAUAUGCGACUCGUUAUGAUUGAUGCCAAUCUCAAUUCGGAUGAUAAACUGCAACUCCUACUGCCCAUAACUCCGCCAUCAUCCCAUACGCCACGCCCAGACAUGAUCUUCAACUUUAGGUAAUUGGAUUCGUCGAGCCUCGAUUAAAAUUUGGCUCCUGGAGGAUACGUCUUGUCGUUCACCUGGACCUUGGGCUCACAGGUGCACCAUUCUUGAGGUGGGAUGUUGUCCAGGACGGAGGAGAUAUGGCUUCCGCAGCCGACCCACGUGGUUUUGUCUAUAAAGGGGAAUUAGAUUCGGCAUCGUGUAGUAAUAUUUUAGGUACCUAUGAAAUAUAUCUGACUUACGGCAGGUG